AUGGGCAUCAAGGAUGGCAAAUUCGUAGCUCUUGUUCGGAAAAUCGAGGCGAUGGAAAACCGGAUGUUCCAGAGUCCUCUUCACAAGGAUCCUCGACUCGGAGAACUGCUUGCCCUGUAUUCGAAAAGGGCAGAACACCAAGACCGGAUACGGAGCUUGAAGAGGCAGAUACAAGCUACUCAAGAUCUACUGCAGCUGGAAGAGCUCAAGUGCCGGAAACGAGUACUCAGACGAUUAGGCUUCACCACUGCCGACGAUAUCGUGGAUGUCAAAGGCAGAGUUGCUUGCGAGAUCAGCACUGGAGACGAGCUCUUGUUAACCGAGCUGGUAUUCAACGGGGUUUUCAAUGCGUUGGAGCCAGAGCAAUGUGCGGCGCUUUUGAGUUGUUUCGUGUUUGAUGUGAAGAGUGAACAUCCGGCACAGCUGAAAGAAGAGCUGGCCUCCCCGCUUCGGACUCUCCAGGAGAUCGCCAGGCGCAUAGCCAUAGUCUCGAAAGAGUCCAAACUACCUGUAGACGAAAAUCAAUACGUCUCUUCAUUCAAGGCUGAACUCAUGGAUGUGGUCAUGCAGUAG